CUCUGGGGCCGUCGCCCGCUGCUCCCGUCGCACCGUCGUCUUCACGCGGCCAGAAACACAGCCGCCGCUUCGAGACGCGGUUGUUUUCUUCUGAGCUGCGGCCAAACAAGCCACACGGGCUCAGAUUGGACUCACGCGCCUCAGGUCCCAUGACCGACCUUCCUCAGAAACGCACAAUUAUGUGAAAACGUGAACAACAUGUUUACUGAGAGCCGCCAUCUGCGUCUGCUCUGUGGUCAAUAACUAGACUAUUAACAAUCCCUGACUUUAACUCUAAUUAUAAACGUUUUCCUCCGGUGGAGGAGCGAUUCAAGGAGCAGAUCUUCGCCGCGUGCGCUUCACUCCUGCGUUCGUGUGAGUCGAGGGUUCACAAAGAUCCCUCUGUGAGUGCGAUCGCCCACAAGCGUCCAGAACAGCUGAUUCUCAGCCUCUGAGCCCCGCGGUCCCGGAGGACGGGAGGCUACAGUACCUACAGGCCCAAAUCACUGCACAGACCACUAACACCUAUGAAACGUAAGUGGAGGGAGGAGUGGAGUCAGGACGACGGAGGAUGUUGGACCGGACCGGACCGGACCGGACCGGAAGAAUGGGAAGAAACAGAGGCGAAAGUGUGAGGAAGAGCAGGAGCAAGAAGUGGACGGAGGAGAGAGUCAAGAUUAGGACGGAGUGGGGAGAAGCAUCUGUCAACAGCUGAGACAGGAAACCACAGCUGCUGGGAGAGAGAAACUGGACACACACACACACACACACACACACACACGCACGAACACACACGCACACGCACACACACACACGCACGAACACACACGCGCACACACACACACACACAGCUGCUGCAGACAUAUCCUUUAAUCCUGAAUGGCCGCGGAUGCAGACGCCCUCUAAGGCUGCGUGUUUGUGUGCGUGUUUGUGUGCAUGUCUCGGUUCCUGUUUUGUUUUCGUCGUUGCAGUUUCUCACAUCGCUUCGUGCGCUCCGGUCCUGCUGAGCAUUGUGCCUGUCUAAUUUUGGCCGCGUGGAGACAAUGGAGUAUUGUCCAGGCCUGGGGGGGGGGCGGAAGAGGCUGGUGGGAGAGUGAGGGCUUUUCUCUCACUCUCUCUGUCUUCACUCUGUCGGCGACGGAGCGGCUGGUGAACGAGCUGGGCUCCCUGCUGAAGAUGCUGGACCACGAGACGGUCAGUCCGGCCACGGCCGACAAGAUGGCGUCCGUGCGCAACAUCCUGGAGUCCAUGCAGCGAGUUAACGGAUCCGACGUGUACAUGAACAGCUGCCUUUACGGCAACGGCACCAGCUUCGUGGAGUCUCUCUUUGAGGACUUUGACUGCGAUCUGCACAUGCUCAGUGCGUCUCCGGUGGAGAUGAAGGAGCACAAGGACGCGGAGGAGAAGAAGGCGACUCCUAAUAAAUCUACGCCGACCGACACCCCCCCCCCUCUGCCGACCACCCCGCUGCCCGACGACUACUACGAGGAGGCUGUGCCUCUGGAUCCGGGUUCGACCCCUCAGUACUUCACCACCAACAUGAGCACCUCCAGGAACUCAGUGGAGGACGCCUACUAUGAGGAUGCAGACAACAACUACCCCACAACCAGGAUGAACGGCCCCCCCAAAAACUCCUACAACGACUCCGACGCUCUGAGCAGCUCCUACGAGUCCUAUGAGGAGGAGGAGGACGAGGCCAAGGGCCGGGAGCGCUCUCAGGGGUGGACGGCCGAGGAGAGCGCCAACGGGCCGGUCAGCGACUGCCACAUCUGCGCCUUCCUGCUGCGGAAGAAGCGUUUCGGCCAGUGGGCCAAACAGCUGGUCGUCGUCCGUGACAACAAGCUGCAGUGCUAUAAGAGCAUCAAAGAGAGCAGUCCCCACACGGAGCUGCCGUUGAAUCUCUGCAACGUCAUUUACGUCCCCAAGGAAGGGAAGAAGAAGAGACACGAGCUGCGCUUCUCGUUGCCCGGAGGCGAAGCUCUGGUCCUGGCUGUUCAGAGUAAAGAGCAGGCGCAGCGGUGGCUCAAGGUGAUGCAGGCUGUUGGCAGCCGCUGCAGCAACACCGAAGCACUGGACGGGUCCACGUCUCCCAUAAUCCAGAGGAAGCUGGAGCUCGACAAGGUGCUGCAGUGUGAGCGGCAGGCGUCGGACUCAGACAGCGGCCCGGCAGCAGACAGUCAGCCCACGGCACCGGCACCGGUACCGGGACCGGCACCGGGACCGGCACCGGGACCAGGGCGAGACGCCACCGACUCACUCAACCGGGCCAAGCGAGGCGCCUUCUCCGAUCUGACAGGGUCAAUGAGUCGAGCAGCGGGGAAGAAAAUCAACCGCAUCAUCACUUUCUCCAAAAAGAAGCCACCUCUACCAGGGGAGCCGCUCUCAUCCUCUGGUAACCAUGACAACCUUCGCAGCGGGCACCUGAGUGUGUGUCUGAGCGGCUCCUGGAAGGAGCGCUGGUGUGUGCUGCGAGGAGGGAGCUUGUACCUGCACAAGGAUCGCGGGGACCAGCGGCCCCCGGUCGUCGUGGUGCCGCUCAAAGCGGCGGAGGUCGUUCCCGGCGGCCUCGGCCCCAAGCAUCCCUUCUCCUUCCGCAUCCUGCAGGGCGGCAGCGAGUUGGCGUCGCUAGAGGCGAGCUGCUCCGAGGACCUCGGCCGCUGGCUGGGCGUGUUGUUCGCAGAAACUGGGAGCACCGCUCUCCCCGAGGAGCUGCACUAUGACUACAUCGACGUGGACACGCUCACAGACAUACGGCACGCUGCCAGACACUCCUUCCUAUGGGCCACAACCACUGCUGCAUCCUCCAGUAGCGCCUCAACAGACUCCAGGACUUAUGACGAGGUCUAUGAAAGUGUGGAAGAAGGGGUCACAGAAAGGACAGCAGGCCAAGUAAGACGUCACGCCUCGUUCUCCAGCAGAGAUUCUGAAAAAACCGAGCAGGCAAACGUCAAGAGACACGCGUCCAAUGUGAACCAGUACGGGCGAUACGGGAAGACGCGGGCAGAGGAGGACGCCAGGCGGUACCUGACCCAGAAGGAGGAGCUGGAGAAGCAGAAGGAGGCGCUGAGGUGCGAGCUGAUCUCCCUCCGCCGGGAGAAGAAGGAGGCCAAGGAGGCGAAGGAGGGGACGAAGGCCGGCGCAGGUGCCGUGGAGCAGCGGCUGGCUGAGCUGGAGGCGCUGUGCAAACAGAAGGAGGAGGAGCGGGUGGAGCUGGAGCUGAGACUCACAGAGGUCAAGGAGAACCUGAAGAAGUCGCUGGCUCGAGGAGCACUCGGACCCCCCACUGGCACCUUGGUCCGCGUGAAGGCUCAGGGCAGUAAGGUGGAGAAGCUCUACAACGAGGCGCUUCCCGUCAACUCGGCGUCUGAGCUCCGCAAACGGCCCCCGUCGCUUUACGCCGCGUCCAAGGGGAACGUGAUGCAGAAGGCGAAGGAGUGGGAGUCGAAGAAGGCGACCUAGAGACGACGCGAACGCGGAUUAAAGGACGCAUGAAAGACGAAUGAGGAGCAAGAUUUGAUGGAGGGACUCCUCUUAUGAAGGAAAUGAAGUACAGGCAGCAGUGAGGCCUCAACCACUGUAAAUACGGCCGACUGUGCUCAUGUUCCAGUAGUGUUAAUGUGGAGCACGGUGAACAUAUGUGUGUGGGUUUGCAUGUGUUUACAUUUGCACACGGCUGCAGGAAGUGAAAUUGUGAUCGUGUUGUUUAAAUGGAGAGAGUGGCUCAGUUCAGACACCUCACACCCACCGAUCAGAUUAGUAAGUAAACAUUCACAUCCAAACCUUAAAUGAGCAAUAUUAACGUGAGAAAUAUCCCACAUCCUGUUGUGUUUAGACACAAUAUAAUGGUAAAGACACUGAUGUGAAAUGAAACCAAUAGUUGUUUAUUAUUGAAAUGUGAAAGUGUAGGUUCUUACUAUUUGUAUUUCAUAUAUGACGAUUGCACUUUAUGUUUUUUUGGAAUUACACAAAUUAUCCUUUGCACCCCUCGUUUUAUUAGAGUGUCUGCUCUUCUUCUCUCAGAGUCACAUGUAUUGGAGUAAAUGAUGCUUUAUUAAGAAAACCUUUCUACUCA